CACAAACAGUUUGCCAAGACUUUGGGGUUACAAUAGAAGUAGUAUAGGAGAGAGGCUGUAUGCACUGGACAAGAUCGUGACCGUUCUUCGUGAUCCACACACAUUUGCUUACACGAUGGAUUUGAAAGACCUUUCUGAUGCUUCUCAAGAGCCAACUCUCGAUUCUUCUAUCGAAGUACCAGGGACCGAAGAGCUCGUCAUUAAUCAUGAUCCAAAGUCUUGGCCACUCGGACGUAAGUGGCUCAUCAUGUCAAUCGUAAGCUGGAUUUGUCUUGUUAGCCCACUAGCAUCAUCCAUGUUUGCGCCGGCAACAUCAUUGAUGAAUGCUGAGUUCCACAAUCACUCCGAGACACUCACCACGUUUACGGUUUCAUUCUUCAUAUUAGGAUAUGUGAUUGGUUCUCUGAUCACUGCCCCGUUGAGUGAGCAGUUUGGCCGCAAAGUGGUCCUAGACAUCUCGACGGCGAUAUUUGCUAUCUGGCAACUUGCCUGCGCGCUCGCACCGAAUAUCACAUCCCUCCUCAUAUUUCGUCUGUUUGCCGGGCUUGGCGGCUCUGCUUGCCUUGCGAUUGGAGGUGGUGUCGUAUCCGAUUUAUUUGACUCGAGCGAAAGGGGAACUGCAACUGCAGUAUUCGCAUUGGGUCCUCUGUUGGGCCCUGUCAUUGGGCCAAUCAUUGGCGGAUUUCUGUCACAGAAAGCUGGUUGGAGAUGGGUAUACUGGUUGUUGUUUAUUCUGGGCACCCUUACACUUCUGCUUCAAGUAUUUGUGGGAAGAGAGACCAAUCUGCAAGUUAUAUUGGCAAGGACCCACGCUUUCGAGGGCCGAUCUCGCAGGUGGUGGCAUCGCUUGGAUUGGUAUGGUCUUGUUGAAAUCACUGAUACAAGAGGACACAGAGGUAUCAAUCUAGCACAAUGGAUGCUGCGACCUUGGCAGUUUAUCUUCACUUCGCCAAUUACUGGACUACUCUGCCUUUAUUCAGGAUUUGUCUAUGGACUGCUCUACCUGCUUUUGACAACAAUAACGAAUGUCUUCGUACAAAACUACCACUGGAGUAUUGGAAUCUCUGGUCUCUCUUACGUUGGGAUUGGCGUAGGUUUCAUGCUUGGAGUAGCUAUAAUUGGGGGUACUAGCGACCGUAUGAUGGCGAAGCACACAAAGCUAAACAACAAUAUCGCAAUACCAGAGGUCAGGUUAAAAAUAUGUGUUUAUGUUUCUUUCUUGAUUCCAAUAUCUUUUUGGUGGUAUGGGUGGUCCGCCGACAGUCACGCCUUUUGGCUAGCACCAAUAACUGGACUUGUGUGUUUUGGAUUGGGGAUGAUCGGGAUACUUCUUCCUGUCCAAACUUACAUGAUCGACGCAUUUCCAUUAUAUGCAGCAUCAUCCACCGCUGCAUUAGCAUCCUCGAGGAAUGUGGUAGGAACCUUCCUCCCGUUGGCCGGUCCGUAUCUUUAUAAGGCUAUGGGACUUGGGUGGGGAAAUACGAUACUUGGCUUUAUUGCUCUUGUAUUGAUUCCUGCUCCAUAUUUUAUUGCUAAACAUGGGGCUAGACUUCGAUUGAAAUAUCCUAUUGAAAUUUAGGCGGGAAAGGGGACGGUGGCGUCCCAGGAAAAGCCCAAGUAUAUGACCAUUUUUACAUAAAGUCCUUAGCCUUUCCCG